UUUGGUUGUCUACUGGCAGCUUACUGCCGUAUCAAGGGCAAUGAAAAGCAUUAUGCGGUGCAAGUGAUUUCAAUUCAGCCUCCUAACGGGUCUAGGUACCUUAGCUCAACUUCAUCCCUGCCAUGGAUGUUCUCGUCCGUGAAAACUCCAUGAUGUGAUCUUGCAACCAAACACACACCCACACACCCACCCAUACACACAGAGUGAAAGAGAAAAGGAGCGAUGGAGGCUGUGGUGACGGCGGCGGCCACCUCAGUCGUGGAGUGGAUGGUGCCGAAGCUCUUUGAUUCCUUGCUGGCAAAGCACAAGCUCCGGAAGAGCCUGGAGAUUGACAUCAACUACAUCAAGAAGGAGUUUGCUAUGAUUUCGGCCGUCAUCCAGGAUGAUGAUCGCCGCAGCGGCUGUCGUGGCGGCCGUGAAGAUGUGAAUAUGGUGUGGAUCAAUAUGGUGCGUGAAUUGGCGCACGCCAUAGAGGACUGCAUCGACCGCUUCAUGCACCGUGUGACGGCCAACCCAGACACUGGGAGACGGUGCCAGGCUGUCCACCGGGUGAAGACGUUGAAGGCCCGGAACAAGUUUGCUGCGGAGAUCCAGCUGCUCAAGAGGAGAUCAGAGGAUUUAUUCCAGCUGAGAGACACAUACAGCAACACUAGCAGCAGCACCUCCUCACCAAGGUGGUCAUUGUCGUCUGAACAGACAGACACGCCGACGGCAAUUGAGGACGACGAGGAUGGCACCCAAUUAGCAGCAUCCAUCCCCAUGCCCGUGGGUAUGGACGGUCCCCACAAUGAGCUCCUGGAUCUUAUCCAGCAGGAGCAGCAGCUGAAAGUGAUUACCAUUGUGGGGUUCCAUGGUAUGGGGAAGACUCUUCUUGCAAAUCAUGUGUACAAGGCGAUUGAGAGCCAAUACGAAGCAAGGGCUUGGGUCCCUCCAAGGAAACUAGGGGGAAACUGGGCAGCCGCGGAUGUUCUCAAGGAGAUACUCCGGCAGCUUCGCCACCUUCCCCUGCCCACCAGUGGCGGUCUCGCCCAGCUUAAGGCAAGCAUCAAAGAGUGCAUUGGGACAAAGAGGUUCUUCAUUGUAGUUGAUGACUUGCAGAAAAAAACACAUUGGCAUGCCAUAAAGGCAGCCUUCAUGGGUUUAAGUGGCAGAUUUCUGGUAACAACGUCCAUUCAGCAAGUAGCAAACACAUGCAGCAGCUCAUCUGUUCAUGAUAAUGUUUACACAAUGGCAACUCUUGCCGACCAACACUCAAGACUAUUAUUCUUCAAGGAGGCUUUCCAAGAUGAUGAUCUACCGCCACAUGCGGAGGAGCUCGGCUCCGAAGCUCUCAAGAAAUGUGAUGGCCUUCCCCUUGCUCUUGUUGCCACUGCCAGGUUCUUGCAAAGCACAGGUAAUCCAACACCCAGGGAGUGGGCAAGGUUAUGUGCCAACCUGGGUACACAUCUGGAGACUGAUGAGCUAUUUGCAAGAAUGAGGCGUGUGCUUGUGCAGAGCUACACCAGCCUUGAUACCCAGGUUGCCAGGACAUUCUUGCUCUAUUUGGGUACCUACCCAAGUGGUCGUCCUAUCAAGAAAUCAAGCUUGUUAAGGAGAUGGUUAGCAGAAGGGUUGUCCCCAGUAGACAAUACAUGUAGUGAUGUUGAUGCUGCCAUUAGCAAUUUCGAUAAGCUUGUUGACCGGAGCAUCAUCCAGCCAACGGAUGCCAGCGGUAACAGCACAGAGGUGAAGACAUGCCAUACCCAUGGCAUGAUGCUGGAGUUCGUCCUGCGCAAGUCCAUGUCCGACAACUUCGUUACCGUGUUGUAUGAUGGGCAGUCUACCCCACGCCUACCCAAUAACAUCCGCCGGCUUGCUCUGCAUCAUGCAAGGCCCAGAGAGGUGCAAGGUUUAACUCUUGUUCGCUCACUGACAAUCUUGGGCGAGGCGCACCCAUCUGUCCUGGACUUCUCCAAGUAUGAACUGCUGCGAGUUUUGGAUCUGGAAGAGUGCAUUGUACCCUUGGAGGAUGGCCAUCUCAAGUUGAUAUGCAGAAAACUGUUGCUGCUGAGGUACCUAUGCCUUGGGAAAGCUGUUAUUGCUACGGUGCUUCCCAAGGAGAUCAGCAAGCUUCAAUUAUUGGAUACACUGGAUGUGAGAACUACACCGAUAGAGAUUCUGCCAACGCAAGUCCUGGAGCUGCCAUGUCUAGUUCAUCUCUUUGGGAAGUUCAAGCUCAAGCAAGGUGUAGGAGACAGGAAAAUGAGUAAGCUACAGACUUGGUUGUCAAUGAAGAGCAAAUUGGAAACACUGGCAGGGUUUGUUGUGGACAACAGCAAGAGCCAAGAGUUUGCACAGCUCAUGUACAAUAUGAAUGAUUUGACAAAGGUGAAAAUAUGGUGCGAGUCUACGGCCGACACCAGCAGCUCAAGUCAUCUCUCAAAGGCCAUCAAGGGGUUCAUUGAGAGAAGCACCGAGUUCAAAGGGACCCCUUCGCUCUCACUAAAUUUCGAGGGCGAGUUGUCCCAAGACAUACUGGAUUUCUCUCUGGAGAAAAGAAAGCAAUCUUGCUGCUAUCUUGAAUCGCUCAAGCUGCAUGGAAGCAAGAUAUGCAGCCUGCCCCGCUUUGUUGCCUUUCUGGGUGGUCUCACUAAGGUAAGCCUUUCAGCCCCUCAGCUGAGCCUGAGCCAAGACUUCCUAGCUGCCCUGAGAAAAAUGCCCGGCCUGUUGCACUUGAAGCUGGUGGCAACUAGCCUGGACAAGUUCGUCAUCACAAAAGGUGAGCUCGAGAGCCUGACACGCCUGACCAUUGUGGUGGAAUCCAUGGUUUGUCAGCUGGAUAUCCAUGUGGGAGCUCUACCUCGCCUCAAGUCGCUGCAGCUGCUAUGCAAAAAUCUAGAUGGCUCUACUUUCAGCACGUCAGCAGUCCACUCCUUUCGACAUCUUGAGGAGAUUUCUCUGCAUCGCGAAGUGGGCGAUGAAACAAAAAAUAAGUGGAAAGAAGCAGCAAAGAAUCACCCAACUCGUCGUCCCAAGAUCUUGUUCCUCUAGACACCAUCAACACGUCCAGGCAGUACAGGCUGUGACUUGCUAAUGGCACAGCAUUCUCAUAUGCUGCUUAUUGGUUGAUGACCAUUCAUCAACAUGAUUUAGUCCUCUUUGCUCUCGUGUCGGUUUGGUGGCUUCCCCGUUGUUCGUACUUUUAUGUUGUGUCACCACUAGGAUUUAUUUACUUGUAACAGACCUAAGUUAAUGACCUAUUAAGCUGAGCAAACGAUUUCCUUUGCAAGAAAUAUGGUGACUUCCUGCUGUAAUAAAUAAGUUUACUCUGUUUGUUGUUGGACAUGUAUUUUGUUA